AUGAAGCUCUGCGUACUAGGAAAGGAGCCCUUGGACCUCUUGGAGAAGUGGGUCGUUGAACUGUUUACGCCCGUACCGAACAAGAAUCUCCCCAUCAACCGAUGGGAUGACGAGGCUCCUUUGCGCCCUAGCGAGCUCGGCAUGCUGUGUUUCGCGAAGCCUGUCAUGGAUUCAAGGGAACUCAACCUCUACUUCCCAUUCCUCGACGAAGAAGAGCUGUACAUGAGCCAACCGAGUCGGUACGUUGGGCACCUCAUCGGUCACGAGGGGCCCGGCAGCAUCAUGUCGUAUAUCAAGGCCAAGGGCUGGGCCAACGGCCUUAGCGCAGGAACCUAUCCCGUGUGCCCCGGGACACCUGGUAUCUUUGACUGCCAGAUCAGAUUAACAGAAGAGGGUCUCAAAAACUACAAGGAGGUCGUCAAGGUAUUUUUCCAGUACGUCUCUCUUCUAAGGGAAGCGUCCCCGCAACAGUGGAUCUUUGACGAGCAGAAGGGAAUCGCCGAGGUGGGCUUCAAGUUUAAGCAAAAGAGUCCCGCGAGUAGGUUCACGAUGAAGACUAGCUCCUUGAUGCAGAAACCCAUUCCUCGUGAAUGGCUCCUGAGCGGCUUCAGUCGACUCCGCCAAUUCGAUCCCGCGCUCAUCCAAAAGACUAUCGACAGCCUCCGAACUGACAACUUCCGCAUGACAAUCAUCUCGCAGCGCUUCCCAGGGGAUUGGGACCAGAAGGAGAAGUGGUACGGAACCGAAUACAAGGUCGGAAAGAUUCCCGAGGAUUUUAUGCGCGAGCUCCGUGAGGCCGAGGCGAGCAGCGCGAGCAACCGUCUCACUGCUCUUCACCUGCCGCACAAGAAUAAUUUUAUCCCGACCAAGCUAGAUGUAGAGAAGAAGGAUGUCAAGGAGCCCGCCACCGCACCCGCCGUUGUGCGAAACGAUGAUCUGGUUCGCACAUGGUGGAAGAAGGACGAUACCUUUUGGGUACCGAGGGCCAAUCUCAUCAUCAGUUGCAAGAAUCCCGUGCUAUUCGCCUCUGUCGAAAAUACUGUCAAAACGAGACUAUACGCCGACCUUGUUCGAGACGCGCUCGAAGAGUUUUCGUACGACGCCGAGCUCGCUGGACUGGACUAUAAUGUGGGCUUGGAUUCUAGGGGUCUGUGUUUUGAUCUGAGUGGCUACAAUGAUAAGCUUCCCGUGUUGCUAGAGCAAGUGCUGAAGACGGUACGAGAUCUCGAAAUCAAGGACGACAGGUUCGACAUUAUCAAGGAGCGUCUAAAGCGUGGUUACAACAACUGGGAGCUGCAAUCCUCGUACCACCAGAUCGGUGACUAUCUUUACUGGCUCAACUCGGAAAAUGGCUUCAUCAUUGAAGAAUAUGCGACCGAACUUCCCAACAUCACGUCCGAGGCCCUGAGAUUCUUCAAGCCUCAGCUACUAGGUCAGAUGCAUAUCGAAGUCUACGUCCACGGGAAUAUGUACAAGGAGGAUGCCCUACAGUUGACGGAUAUGGUGCAAUCCAUUCUCCAGCCGCGCCUGCUUCCCCGCACGCAGUGGCCCACGCUCAAAGAUCCCGCCAAUGUCAACCACUGCAUUGAGUACUGGCUCUACACGGGUGACCGUGGUGACCCUCUCACUCGGGCUCGAACGCUGUUCCUAGAGCAGGUGAUGCACGAGCCCGCUUUCGACCAGCUGAGGACGAAGGAGCAGCUGGGAUAUAUCGUGUUCUGCGGUGCUCGCGUUUUUGCGACUACGUACGGCUUCAGGUGGCUCGUCCAGAGCGAGCGCACGCCGCAGUACCUCGAGGCCCGCGUAGAGGCUUUUAUCAACUCGUUUGGUGAAAUCUUGGAUAAGAUGAGUGAUGCCGACUUUGAAAAUCACAAGCGUAGUCUCGUGGUUAGGCUCCUCAAGAAAUUGGAGAACUUGGAUUCCGAGAGCAGCAGGCACUGGAAUCAAAUUUCGGCAGAAUACUACAACUUUGGAGCUGCGCAAGAAAACGCCGAGCAUGUCAAGGCAUUGACCAAGGAGGAAGUCGUAGAGUACUACAAGAAGUAUAUCGACGUCGCCUCGCCCACGCGCGCCAAGCUCAUUGUCCAGCUCUUUGCUCAGGGCAAUGCCAAGUCCAAGGCGAAGAUUGAUGCUCUCAUCAAUACCAACCUCUCGGGCGAAACUGCCGAGACCAAGGAAGCUGUGCGGUCCGCCAUUAUGCAACCCGAGUUGAGGGGUGAUGCUGCGGCGCUACGCAAGUACCUUGGGUCGGAUCUCAAGCUCGCGGAGGACAAGAUUGAGGCGAUCCUUGCCGUCGCGGGUGACCCUGCAACGGAGCCCAAGGAGACGGAGGAAGGUGAGGCUGUCCAUGGCGAGGAGAAGGAGGGCGACCUCACGAGUAACGGUACGGAAAAUGCCGCGAAGCAACAACCAACUCUUAUCACGGACGUGCGGGCAUUCAAGGCGUCGUUAGUGGCGAGUGCGGGCGCGCGGCCGGCGAGAGAUAUUACCGAGUAUGAGGAGAUGAACGGAAAGCUAUGA